GUGGGUUGUAUUUCAAUGAUGUGACAUCACUUGUUUUACAAGUCAAUCUCUGUCAUCCGUGAUGCUCGGAAACUCUUCAGCGGUUCCCCAUGGGAUGCUUAUCGGUCCGGCCUUUCACUCACUCCAGCAUCAUCAUCCAUUUACAAAUAUUAUGGUCAUCUCUCGGACCCUGUUCGAAUCUUCAGUGUCUCUGGCGAGUUCGCGGGGGGGUUCAUUCCUUUAAGUGAUGAUGCACACAGAGCUCGAAGAGCGAUGGAAGCGGAGCUGGCUACAUUGCCAAAGAAGCCGUCAUGGAGCUGUGAAUGGGAGGCCGGUUAUGAAGCUGAGUUUCGUAACGACAAUGUUCGCAAUGGUACUGUGACCUGUGCGGCGCUCUCAAGAGAUGGCCAUCACGUAGCCCUUGGAUUCGGAAGUGGUAUUAUCGAAGUAGCUGACAUUGACAAUCAGCACACAAUCUGUCGAUUCCAGAGCGAUCCGUCCUAUCCUCCCGUUUGGAUUGAAUUUAUCCACGGUGGUGAUGUCCAUAUUGCCACUGAAGAUACUCAAGGAAACACUACCAUUUUCAGCCAUGAAACGCCCCCGGUAAAGCUUCGCAUUCCUCCCAGUAGUCAUUACCCUCCUCUAACUACAGUGUCGGACAAUGGAUGUUUUGUUGUACGAGUCCCACGAAAUCUUGAAGAUGUUUGGUACGAGAACACAACACUCUUGUGUAUCUUGGGCAACCCAUCCAUUCAGCUUCUCGCGCCUCCUUCCACUGCUCAGUCUUCCAAACACUCUUCCCUUCCUUUGCGACAAUCACUUGGAUUCUCUCCUGGAGGCCGAUAUGUCUGCGCUUACGAUGCGCAUGAUGCUUUUGUCUGGUCAACAUAUUCAGGCGAAUUAGUCGCACGGUUUUGCGCGCAAGGCUUCGACAAGUGGAUCAUCAAUACUGGUGUUGCCCCCCUUGCUCAUAUUCUAUCCCCACCUCCAUAAUCCUUCAGUCUGCCAUUCCUUUGAUCCCGGAAGUGGAUAUGAACUGUGGACAGACUUCCGACUCGUUAUUGUCCAGGUACGACUCAGAUGAAU